CGGCGAAAGAGAGAGAACUGGCCAUGCUGAAAGAAAUGGAGAGAAAGAGAGAGAGGGAGAGAGGAGAGAUGGAGAGAGAGCUGAUGGAGAGGCAGAAACGAUUGGAAAAGGAGGUGCAGGAGAAACUGCGAGAAACGGAGAUGGAAAGAGAGAAACAAAAAGAGUUAGAGAGAGAAAGAAAGGAGGUGGAAGAGAGACUGAGGGAGAUGGAGAGAAAGAUGGAGGAGAAAAAUGAACAGACUCUGAGAAGAGAGGAGGAGAAAUGGAGCGAAAGAGUGAAACAGCAUGAGGAAGAGUGGCAGCACAGAUAUCUGGAGAUGGACAGAAAGAAAGAGGAAGAAAUGAGGCUUGUGAAAGAGAAAGCCCAAGAGAUGGAAAGACUGAUGUGUGAAGAAAGAGAAAAGGAGAAGAGAGAGAAUGAAAGACAGAGGGAAAAGCUGGAGAAAGAGAGAGAAGAAAGGAAAAGAAUGGAGGUGGAGAAAUGCAUGAAAAUCCUGACAGAGGAGCAGCUAAAGACUGAAUGUGAGAAAGAGUGGAGAGAGGAGGAGAGCAGGAGAGAAAGUGAGAGAAAGAGAGAAGAAGAAAAAGUGAUGGACGUGGAUAAAGAAAAACAAGAAAAAGAAACGUACGAGCUGGAGAAAAAGCUUGAAGAAAGAAAGAUGCAAAAGCUGAGAAAGAUGAAGGAGCAACAAGAGCAGAAAAGGAUGAUAGCAGAAAAGAAGAAAGAGAAGGAAGAAAGGUUGAGAGAGAUGAAAAGACAGCUGGAGGAGGAGAGAGAAAACGCUGAAAAGAGAAAGAAGAGAGAAUGUAAAGCAGCAGAGUUCACUUCAAAUUUUAGAGAGGAGGAGAGAACAUUUGAAGAAGAAGAGGAGGAGGAGGAAAGGCAGAAAGCCAUGGAGAGAGAGCUGGAGGAAAGAGAGAAAGAGAUGGAGAGAGAGUUGGAGGUAAGAAAGACAGAGAUGGAGAAGAGAAAGACAGAGAUGGAGGAGAGAAAGAAGACUGAACGGAUGAGGAGAAAGAAGGAAGAACAUGAAAGAGAAACAACAAACCUGGAACAUGAUGAAGAAUGGAAAGAUCAAGAAAUGGAGAAGGAGAGAGAGGAGGAGAAAGAGAGAGAGGGGCAGGGAGACGCCACCUGCAGGAACAGCUUCGGAGAAGAAGUUAAGGAUGGAGAAGAUGUGGAGAUGGAAAGAACGACGGAUGGAGAUAAAGAAAUGCAGACUGACAUGGAGAUAGCUGUGAGUAGAGAGGAGGAACGAGAGCAGGUUCCAGAUAUGGAGAUGCAGAGAGAGGUAGAGAUGGAGGAAACAGAGGAGCAGAGAGAGGAGGAGGGACGACAGAAGGAGAGCAGCGAGAGAGAGCUGGAGGUCGAGAGGAUAAAGGAGGCGAGGCGUCAGCACAUGGAGAGAGAAAUGAAGCGGAAGAAAGAAAUGAUGAAGAAGCUCUUUUCUCCAGGUGUGAACAUGUUCUGGAUGGAGAACCGGGAUCAGCGCAGAGGUUUGGCAGGAAAGCGGAGGAACCUGAAGGAGCCCUCAAACAGCGAGGAGGAGCAGGCCGAGCUUGAAGAACAAGAGGAGCCUCAGAGAUCUAGCUGGCCUGUUUCUCCAGAUGGAGGACCGCUGGUCAUCUCCAUAAAGCCCUGCAACCCAAUGUUGGAGGAGCCUGAACCAUCUGAACCCUCCCCAGCUGACCCCCCCACAGAGGACACUGUGGGUGGAGAUAAAAACUCUGUGGUGGAGGAAGCCGUCCUGAACCCUGAGGGUUCUACUGAGCCAGAACCAGAAAAAGAGGCUUUGAGGCAUGAUGAAGCAAUGGAACAGGCUCCACCCACCCAGACUGACCGCCCAAGUGAUGAACCCACAUCCUCUCAGAUGAUGCAUGAGGCCGACCAGGACACUGGAUCUGAGAAGGAGGCCAACAAAAAGGACAGGAGGAUGAGUAUCAUCGGCUGGAUUAAUGAGAAGGUCAAAGAGAAACACCAGAGGUCCAUUGAGAAGAGCUUGAAGAGGGAGGCGGAGUUUGGACACAUGCUUUUCAAUUCUUCUACCAGAGUGGUCACAAUGGCAGAGUAUGAGCGGUCCAAAAGGGACAGAGUGCAGAGGAAGGAGGAGAGGAGGCAGGCACUGGAGGCCAGAUGGAGAGAAUGGGAGGAGAAAAGAGCUGAGAAGAAAGCUAAGAAAGAGGAGCAGAAACAGGCACUGGAGGCCAAGCGGAGAGAGGAAGAGAAGAACUUUGCUGAAAAGAAAGCUAGAAACGAGCGGAAGAGAAAGAAGGAAGUGAAAGCCUUCUUUGCUCCACAUAGCACGAGGUUGAAUUCCAUGGCAUUACAUUAUACGCUAAGCCAUCACCAUUACCGAGGUUAAAAAGUAACACCACUGAUCUCUGUACCUCCCAGCAGUAACUCCUGUGACCUCUGCACCUCCAACAGUGGUAACACCUCUGACCUUCGCAUCUCCUCCAGCGGCAAGACCUCAGCAACUCCUCCAGCAGUAACACCUCUGACCUUUGCAUCUCCUCCGGUAGUAACACCACUGACGUCUACACCUCCUCCAGUAG